AUGAGCGGAGCUAUCGGAAACAUGGCCUUCAUGUUUGGCGCCAUGCAGGUCGCCAAGCGCAUCCCCUUUGACGACAAGCCCGAGUACAUCACCUACGCGCGUGCCGGCUACGUCGCCGUGCAGCUCCUCUGCCUCGCCGUGUACUACUUCUGCUCGAUCCGCGUCAAGAAGGCCAACGACCUCACCGUGAUCAAGUACGUCAACGCCAAGAACCCCAUGUCGCAGGAGCCCGGCGAGCUCGUCACCACCACCAACCGCGACUACGACCUCGCCGAGAUCUCCAAGGCCACGCGCGGCAUCCUCAUGGGCUGCGCCAUGGUCGGCUUCAUGCACCUCUACCUCGGCUACACCAACCCGCUCGUCAUCCAGUCCAUCCUCCCGCUCAAGAACGCGCUCGAGUCCAACAUGGCCAAGCUCUGGGUGUGGGGCCAGCCCGCCACCGGCGACCUCAAGCGCCCCUUCAAGGCUCCCCCCGGUCUCUUCGGUGCCGCCGGUCAGGCCGGCCCUCAGACCGACAAGGCUGCCAUCAAGGAGGCCGAGCGUGCCGGCUCGGGCAAGAAGGACGACAGUGACGUCGCAAUCUUGCUGGUCCAUGUCGAAAAUUCGCCGUUGCAACUGGCUGUCAAAGCGCAGUCGGACUCUGUCGUCGCAAAUUGUUCAGAUGCAGCCGUGGGAUUCCCUUUUGCACGUCUCGUCGACACCACACUCUCAUCCGCAUCCACGGCCUUGGCAUUCGCGCAAACCACGACUGCAUCCCUCGUCGCUCCUUUCCACCACCUGCUCGCACCCUACGUACGCGCCGCCGAUCUUUUCCGCCGACAGCAACCGCUUGCACGCACGCGCAUUCCGACCAAGUGCACCACCACCGACACCUGGCACGCAAGUCGAACCCCUUGCGUCCACUAUACCCAGCCGCUCCGCAUCCGCACACUGGCAGCGUAA